AUGGGCAAAAGGGACGAUAUAUGUUCUUUUCUUGGAUAUGAAAAAGAUAAACCCACCAAAGAUCGUCGAAAUUUAUUGAAAGCUACUUCUACAUUCCUCGCCGAUUAUGAAGCUCGUGGGGGCAAGGUUUAUGGCAAAAAGGCCGAAUCCAUUGGACGUCGGCUGUGUGCAAUGAAUUUUCUCGAAGAAGAAGGCAGAGGAGAGAGAUUCUGGCCGCCUACAUCGGAUGAAAGCCUAGCUUACGAUGACGCCGAGGAUAAAGAGACUAUCAUCGAUAACGUAGCCGACCUUUUUUUCAUCCACGCAAGGUCCAACUAUUGCAAGCAGCAUGCGAACCAAAGGAAUAAGAAGCACGAUGAUACCUCGCCACCAUCAAAUAUUAGCAAUAGACAUAUGAGCAAUAGGCCUCCAACCUUAACUAAUACUGAGGAAACGUACUUAGAAGACGAAGAACCACAAUUCACUUAUAGUUCUUCUUUAAUGACCAUCAGACCGGAAUUAUGUCUUGCGCCCUGGUUAGAUCCGCCAAAAAGAUUCGACCGUAACGUGGCUGUACCUUGGGUCGAGAGCCUCAACCCCAAGAGCCUUCCAGACCCCCCAGAGAAUGUACGAUGGCCAGCGGCAGCUGAUAAGGAGAUUCAGUAUUUUAUGCAUCGAUGGCUGUUCUAUUAUACCAUAGAUUUGGAGAACGGGACAGAUGAUGGAGUUCAAAGUCUCGUUGAUAUUCUAAGAAAUGACAAGGGUGUGAACACAGAAUUGGACGGUACACAACUUCGAGAAUUCAGAAAGCGAAUUGUUGAUAGAGUGAAGUUUUUCACAGAAGUAUUCGUCAAUCAUCAGUUCGUCGAAGUGCAAGACGAUGUUCCUCGAAUGACAGCAAGAUUUCGAAAUAUAUGGACAACCCUCAAGUAUGAAACGCCCACUCCUCGCAUCAAUUAUCGCCGUAGCGUCGAAGAAGUACCGCGAGAGAGCCCUCGGAAACGACGAAAACUCUCCAAGAAAGCUGAAGACAAUGCGAUAGAUAUUAGUCGACCGAAAAGGAAACCUUGGAGCGAGCAUGCCUGGAGACGCAAGACAAUUCCCCCUCCUGCAGAUAUGACUUUUCCAAACCUGUUGUCGAGGAAAAGUCCUAACAUCGGUCCCGUGACCGUGGUAAAGUCGUCCCAAAACGCCGUGGAGGAAGAAGAAAGUGAAGGGGAAGCAUGUGACGAGUGUGAGAUACACGGGCGAUGUGAGACCACGAUGCGGAAUUUCAAGAUGUCCGUCGAGAUCCCUCCACCUACCAAAGCGAUAUCUUCCGAAUACAAUAAGAUCAUCAAGAUGGAAGAAGAAUCUACGAUAGAGGUCUUACCGCUUGGGACGACGCUUAUUGAACCAUUGGACGAAGAUUUCUCUAGCGAAACUAUAGAAGUAGUGCCACGUGCUCAUGAGAAAGUCACGAAGGUAUCAUCUCCAAACCCAGAUGAAAUACCGAUAUUCGAAAAGACGUCUCCACAUGCGCAAAAUGAGGCCCAGGUUUCUAAAGAACAGCUGCCUCUUCCGUAUCAGUCGAACGACAGGUCAGAGGAUCGUGGUAAUUCACAGAAACCUCCAGCACUGGAUGUCCCUGUCGUCGCAAACCAAUUAUCACAAACAGUCGCAGCCGGCCCAGAAGUCAACGAAGUGGUCGAUACUCAAGCAGAAGUGAGUGAUUCGGCUCAUUCAUCACCCAAAGUCGAGAAUCAGCAUCAACUUUCACCAACUGCAGACAAGUCUUCAUCGCCUGCCAUCAACGCACAAUCACAAAUUAUAAUCGGAACAAGUACUCAACCUUUAGGUCUUGAUGUAAACAAGUCCCUUUGGCGGGAGCCAGUGAAACCGGCAAGUCCAAAAGAAGUGGUAGGUCACACCGAUGAGUGUUCGAGAGGAAUCACAUCGCUACUUGAAACGACAAUGGAGAAAGAUAAUCACAAUGCCUCUUACUCAAAAGUUCCAUCGACAAAUAGUUUCGCUGACAGCCCACAAAAGUAUGGCCCUUUUCACGAUCUUGAAUGCUUGAACAAACUUUUCUCAUCGAGUGGUUCUCGGCCAAAAGUAACACAACAUUCACAUAGUCCGGCUAGCAUCCCCCCAACAUCCAGCACAGAAACUCAUAAAUCCGAGAUAGAUUUGAAAUCCAGUUCGGUCAACGCCACCCUGGACUCUUCAACGCCGCGAACCCCGCCAUCGAUUGAUCUUAUUUCAAAUGUUAAUACCCGCAAUAAAAUCCCCAGCGAAGGCCAGAUAUCUGUAGCUAGUCAACCCGCUAUGGAGGUAUUGAAAACUUUGACUCGUAGCCCGGACACUACACAGCCUCAAUCCGGUGACUCUGGUCAGAUUUCAGUAUCAAAGGUUCUCGAAACAUCACGAAAAUCAUUCGACAGAGAUCCUCCAGGUCUGACACGAACCCCCCUACCGUCGGUACCCUUGACGUCUAAAAAUUGCCAGGAAAUGGCAAACCCAUUACCUGCUGCCCGAUCACCUGUUAAGAUUAUGGAAGAAUGCCACAAGCCAAAUCCAUCACCGCCAAGGCUACCGCAAAAGCCUGUUCAAAACCUUCAAGCAGCCCUCCGCGAACCGUUGAUUCCGACUUUUCAACCUAUAAAUCGGCCAAUGAAUGAGAUCACUCCUUCUUCAUCAAUCUGCCAUGUCUCACUCGGGACAGAACCGCCUCAACCUUCUCCUGCCCUGAAAAGUCAAUAUUCCGCAACGAGCACAUACAGUGCACCUAUGGCAUCACAAGAAGUGCGAAGUCAAAACCAGAGUCAGAAUACAGAUCAGAAUUACAAGCAGAAUAAAGCUUUACCCGCUCAAAAUGGCGCAUACGAACCCACUAUUACUGGCACAUCAUUGGGACCCCCCCGGGCCAGAGACUCCCACCUCGACUCAAAUCCCGAUAAUGGAGUCUAUCCGAUGGCAUUCAUCAAAAACCUAACAGAUUCAAAGAAUGGCAUAUGGAUGCAGGCGAACUCCCGAAAAAGGGCACUAGAAGGAACAAGUAUAAAACCUCGGAAAACAAGAUCUAGAAAGAAGUCGGGGCUGCCCGAAAAGUUGGCUACGAAGCCUGCCACUGUACAGUAUGCACCAGUCCUAUCGGCUCACGCAGGCCAAAAUAUAGCACCUUCGGCCAUGCAAACAAAAUCACCGACGCAGCCUGUUCAUGGCCGAGAACACUCCCCUCAGCCACCCCAUCCACAACUCAUCAAUCAUCUAAGAAUCAGGGAUGAAAUCGGGGUGUAUUCAAAUUCGUCUUAUCCACCGGCUUUCAAGACGACAAACCCGUCGCUCUCUACGUCAAAUCAACUAUCAGUUAUCCAAACCGAUAAUAUGGCUCAGAACAUGCUGAGCUACCAUGCCAACCAAGAGCGACCAAUGUUAGACUAUCUCGCCUUGGCAGAAAAGAUGCAUUCGAGCUAUGAUCGAUAUUCUCAAGAUCGGGGUAAUAUCGAGACUUCCGUGGAUGUGCAACAUUCAACUCCUGUCGCUUCUUCAACUCGACCCCCGCGAACAUCCAGCACGUUGCAAAUACAGCCUUCCCUUUCUGAAAAUCCACAAACUACUAGAAGUGAGCAAGGGAUGGCCAACCAUGGCACACAACAAAGUGAAGGAUCGCCCAAUAAUGGAGAACAAAGUGGAAUUAAUUCUCAAAGUGGCUUACAGCAAAUGCGAGCACUCGCUGACGCCAGCGAGCAAAGUAAAAUCAAUCCUGGAGUGGUUACAACCCAGAACCAGUCACCGUCAAAUAGCAAUGCCUAUAUCAACACUAGCAUUGAUCAUCGCAAUCAGUCGUCAAAUUCUGCACAUCUUCGGUACUCCCCACAAGCGGGUCCUCUGGAGGCAGCAAUGAGGUACGGGGCUUUUGUGAGUAACGCAACAGGGUCUGCAAUCCCCAAGAGUGCUUCAGUGGCUAGUCCUAAUACACCACAAAAUCUCAAGGAGCCGCAGGGCACACGAAGUCGCGCAUACAAUGAUGUUCAACAGUCAAACCCAACGCAGACCAACCAGUAUUUAAACCAAGAGUCACAAACACCCAAAAACCACUACCAAAUGCCGCAUAAAACUUCCCCAGAAUCUUAUAGGUCACAGGAUCCGUGGUGGAACUCGCUAGCAGCAAAUUACAACAUCAAGAAAAUAUUGCCGAAGCCUGUCUCGCAAUCUGAUCCUAACAUUCUACACAAUCGUUUAUUGACCAAUGAUACUCCUGUCUCAACAAUACAAAUUGUACCGCCGUUACAAGCAGAGAACCGAGAGUCUCUACCUGACACGAGACAAGUGACACCGCAGGUAUCAGAACGCUCGCUUUCCACAGGUAGUCAAGCCUCAAAGAUAUACCGCCAAACUCCACAAACCCAACAGGCUGAUCAGCAUUCGGCACAAUCAUCUAUUACACAAGCUUCACCUGCAAGAAGCUACUCUGGCAAUCAAUAUAUGAUUCAGCCGACACUGAUCCAGCGAUCCAAUUCAACAAGUCAAAGUGCGCAACCCCCUUCGGCUGUGCAGGCUUCAACUCCCAACAAUCAAUUUUUAAAUCAAGCUCCAAGCCGGUCGUCAAAUACAAGGGUGCCAUCCCCGAAAACCCAACUUCAUGAGCCUCCAAACCAGCCGUCAAAUCUUCCUGACACAUUAUCAGAGGGCCAGUACACUAAGCAUACUACCGGCCAGUCUCCUAACACACAAACCGCCGAUUUUCAAAAUCAACCUUCCAACCAAUCCCCAAUCCAGCCUUCGACUGCCCAAAGCUCAGUGUCACAAAAUCGGUUUGCCAAUCGCCCCACUACCCAGUUCUCUCCCAUUCAAGCUUUAUCUCCACAAAAUCAAUAUGCUGGUCCGCCUGUAAUACAGCAAGCCUCUCCAGCUUCAGUCCCCUUUGAUCCAGAGUAUAACGACCGAAAGUAUCAAGCAGCUCCACGGAACCGAUAUGGUGGCCCGCCUAUAGCCCAGCAAGCUUCUUCAUCUUCAGUCCCCUAUAAUCCAGAGUAUAACGACCGGCAGAAUCAAGUAGCUCCACAGUAUCCGUAUCCUAAACGGCCACAGCAACCGAUGGAAGCCCAGACUCUCACGAUGCAGGCACAGCAGAAACUCUUUAAUGGGCAACAACCUCUGGAUUGGACACAAUAUCGAUUACAUGGCCCAAGGCUUCAGACCACAAUGAACUCAGGAAACUCUUCUCCCAGGCAACCUCCCACUAUUACUACAAAUCAGGCUGCAAAUACACCUACUAUGCCCACAAUAUUCAACUCCACCCUGCCACCAACACCUCCAACACCGGCCGUCAUUCACACCAAACUAGAUACUGUCUCUCAAUAUCCUGUUUUGACUCACCCCCUAAUAGGGAGUGCCACCCCACAACAAACACCGGCCGUCAUUCUCAGACCUAAAUUAGAUACCAUCCCUCGAUACGCGUCUGUCACUUACACUCUAGCCACCCCACAACAAACGCCCACGACACCUCGAGCGGUCGGACCCAAACUCGACUUCUAUCUGCAACGCGCCAAUUCUAUAAUCGACACCACCAGCUCCUUCUCCUACCAUUACAUGGAGGGGCUCUCUCUACCCAAUCUCUUCUACUUCUUCGCUCAGCGCUCCGGCGUACCUCUGGAGAGAUUGGAUGAACUUACUUUCCGAUGCAUGUUUGGCGAGUAUCAACAAUUUGUGAUAGGAAAGGAUAUGGGAGACGUUGAAUGGAAACGGGCUCGGAAGAGAAUCUGGAGGAAUUGGGAUAGAGAGGUUAGAGCUUCGACACAAAACGGAGAUGACGACGACGAGGAUUUUUGGGAAGUUAAUAUUUUGAUUGGGAAGUGUGCGUAA